AUGACUUAUUUUAUAUCGUUCAGUAAAAAAUUGUUCACCACAAAUCUAAACGAUUAUAACAUUGGCGGAACGAUCAAUGCUCCAAAAGAAACAUUAUAUCGUACUGUUUUUAAACCACUUGAAACAACUUGCCUGUUACGGCGAAUAAAUUUAAUCGAUUCUGAUAUUGAUCUUUUGAAAAAUGAAAACGAUAUCGACCAGAUGAUCGAACAUCCUAACAUAAUCGAAAUGUUUGUCAGUUUCAUACAAAAUGAUAUGCUUUACACCAUAUUUCCGUAUUCGGAAUAUUCAUCGAUUGAUAUUCUUUGCAAGCCAUUUGGACUUGAAGAGAAAAUUAUCGUAUUCGCAUUACAUGACAUAUUGAAAGCUGUAGAUUAUCUACAUCGCAAUAAUAUUGUUCAUCGUGCAAUAAAAGGUUCACAUGUAUUGAUUUUUGGUCAUUGGACAACUUCGAACAUUAAAUUUGUUCUUUCGGGUCUUAAAUAUUCGUAUCAUGUCGAAACGGUGGAUGAAUUGAAACUAUUUAAAUAUCCGAAAAAUGCUGCCAGUUUAUUGAAUAAUCUAGCGCCUGAAGUACUGGAACAAAAUAUGCUUGGUUAUAGUUUUAAAUCGGACAUCUAUUCAUUGGGAAUUUUAUGCUGUGAAUUAGCUAAUGGUGUCGUACCAUUUGAUAAUAUGUCAUCGGAUGAAUUAUUGUUUUAUAAGAUUAUUGGCGAUAUUCCUAAACCAUUGGAUUCAUCUUGUGAAGAGAUGGCCAUCUUUAACGAACUGAUGGAUCGGUUGGAGCUUACGUUGAAACGUCGUUAUCAAAUCUAUAGGAAACGAACUUUUAGCCAAUCAUUCCAUGAUUUUACUCAAAAUUGUUUACAAUUAGAACCACUACGUCGUCCAACGGCAUGGACUUUAUUAGAACAUUCUUUCAUCAACAGAAAUUCAGAAAAUGAGAAUAAUCUUACACAAAAAAGAGAUGAAAUUUUAAAAGAAUUUUUUUCAUCGAAAUUUUGAAAACUCUGUUUAUUCAUAAAAAACGUUACAACAUG